AUGUCAGCUACAGCUAUGGAUAGAUUGAAUGGUGAUUGUAAUGUAGUGGAUAUCUUUAUGGAGGGACUCCCCACUAAAGCACUCUUAGAUACAGCAGCCACUGUUUCAAGUGUUAGUGAGAAUUUUUACCAUACUUAUUUAGGUGAACUUCAACUACACCCUCUUCAGGAUGGGGCCCUGAAGAUACAAGUGGCAGGUGGCAAGUGUAUAUUAAUUGUUGUACCGGAUACAGACUUUAACAAGGCUGUCCCCGUAUUACUAGGAACCAACGUCCUAUCAUAUCUCAUGCAGCAGUGCAAGGAGUGGUUUGGAUCAAGAUUUCUACAGGAAGCGCCACUUACAACGCCAUGGUACUUGUCUUUUAGAUGUUUGUCUAUCAGGGAAAGACAGUUAGUGCAGAACCGUGAUCGACUAGCGUUGGUCCGGAGUUCGGAGAAUCGGAACAUCAUCAGUCCUCCCAAUGGACGCGUCGAUAUUUCUUGUAAACUGGACAGGGAGAUUCCAUACCCAGAAGUAUGUGCCCUUUUACAAUCUACUCCUGACUCGGUUCUGCCAGAUGACUUGGAUAUUUCACCAACUAUUUUUACCUAUAGGUACCGGCAGAAUGGCACUUUAUAUGUCAAUGUCUCGAACAUCACUACCCGGACUGUUGUCGUGCCUCCACGCUCAGUAGUGUGUGAGCUACAACCUGUCUCUAUCCAGCAACAGUUGGUUGCUAGCAAUGCUCAGAGUGAUCCCAGUGUGAUGGACCUAGUUUCUUUUUCACCUCUACUGGAUGACGUCUUGCUCCUGCGAGGGAAAGAAGUCAUUGCACGGUUCGAGGAUGUAUUUUCUACUGGAGAUUUAGAUCUUGGUCAUACUACAGCUUUUAAUCAUCGCGUUGAACUUGAUGAUGAACGACCAUUCAAACAACGUCAUAGACGGAUACCACCUGGAAUGGUGCAGGAGGUCAGAGAGCACCUACAACAACUAUUGACAUGUGGAGUUAUCAGGAAAUCUCAUUCGCCAUGGGCAUCUGGAGUAGUGCUUGUUAGGAAGCGGGAUGGUAAAUUACGCAUGUGUAUCGACUAUCGCCAGCUAAACAACCGGACCAUCAAAGAUGCUUAUGCGCUACCCAGGUUGAGAUAG